UCGAGGGUGGGUGAAGUCAUGUUGGGGGUUUGUUGGGAGGAGGGCGUUCGAGGGAUGUUGGGGGAGGGCGGGGUGUGACAUGGCGGUGACCUGAGAGUAGGUGGGCAUCCGGUGGGAGGUGAUGAUGGAUGAGGUCGAGAUGGGUUGUGAGAGGGGAGGUGUGGGUACGGAUCAGGUGUCGAUGGGAUGGUGCUGCGAUUGGGCACUGAGAGGGGUGGGGGAGGGAGGAGGUGGGUGGGACACGCCAGUGGUGGCUGUUGGGAUGGGGUUGGUGGAGGCUGGGUUGGCGGAUGGACCAGCGGUGGAGGUGGAGAUCGAAGCGGUGGAGGUGGGAGUGGCGGAUGGACCGGCGGUGGAAGUGGAGGUAGAAGGGGUGGAGGUGGGAGUGGGAGUGAGGAAGGGAGGAUGUGGGGGCAAACUAGAACCCGACGUGGAAGUGGGAAUCAUGGUAGUGACCACUUGGAUGGAAGGGGUCAAUGUUUGUGCCAUGUUAUCUAUCCGGCUGGAGAGGCCGAAGAUGGAGGUGGCGAAGGAGGAUUGGAGGGCAUGGAUGGUGUCUUGCUGAGUAGGGAGAUGUUUGAGGGGUGGCUUCAGGUGCAGGUUGUUCUGACAUGAAGUCACGAAGCAGGGUGUCCUUGGAUGUAGUGUCAAUGGCGCUCAUGUUGAUGGUUGAGGAACCGUCCUAUUCAAUUUGAAAUGAAUUUAUGGUAAUUUC